CUGGCGAUGACAUCAGAUACGUCACUCAGAUCAAUACGGUUGUGGUCCAGGUGUUCCGAGUACGGGAUGGAAAUGGUGAUUACACCAGCGGAUAGAUGUUUACGGGUUAAAGCCUUAAUAAACACUUAAUGGAACGAGGAUUUUAUCUCUUGAGUACUCGAUAAAAUAUGAAGAUGUUUGUUCUGAUGGACUCAGCAUCCCUACCCGGAAUAAUGCUGCUUCUGUUGCAGAUAGCGACAAGUAUCUCUCCGACCUCGGCCCAGAUCGUGGCUGUCAUUGACAAAGAGAAAGACAACCCAGUAGUGAAUUCUAUACUGAAUUCACGGAUCCCCCUGGAGAACCCCACCUAUGACGUCACUGUGAUCCCAGCCGAUAAUAACAACUCCAUAGACACACUGGACCAAGUUUGUAAGGUUAUGAAUACUGGCGGGAUCGCCAUGAUGGAUGCUACUGCUCCGGCCGUCGGUCCUCUCAUUCGCUCAUUUGCUCGGACACUCGGCAUGGCCUACGUCACAUUGGUUGACCAAUCAACGCUACUUCCGGUGGAUUUCCAUCCAGAGCUCCAUCUGGCGGUAGAACCUCCCGGGUCCACCAUGUUCCAUAUCAUACCAGACAUCGUCAAGCACGAAAAUCUCACGAAAGUCGCCAUUUUGUAUGACGAAUCUUUCGACCUACACGUGAUGCCGAAAAGGAUUUUGACGGGAGUACCCACUCAACAUUUGUAUCAAGAGAUUUCCAGCGACGAAGACGCACUGUUUUCCCAGUUAAAGCGUCUAAAAGACCUUGAAAUCAAAGUCUUCUUUGUGCUUAGUGAUUCAACCACGAUCACAGCACUGCUUGGCACGGUCCAUUCCCUGAAUAUGUUCGAGGAAAAGUAUAACUGGUUCAUCCUCAGCAAGAGAUCCAGUCUCAACUGUUAUAAGUGUAAAACCGGAAGUGUCAUACGGAUCAAUGGCCAGCAUAAUUUUGAGAAGUGGGCACACUAUAUCCAGGCCAUCGGAAAUAACCUGCAAAACAUUGAGCUGGACAAUGUGUUUUACUAUGACUUUCAAAUGCUGCUUGGCGAGGUUCUGAAGAGAAUAGAGCCGGCAGAAACAGUGUCUGUACCGAAAGAUGAUUGCUACAACAUCGGCAACUCCACAGACGCAAUGUACCAGCAGAGCAAGCGAAUUAUCGCUGCCUUCAAAGAGAUAACUAGAGACGGUUUGUACGGCGAGAUAGCCUUCGCCAAUGGUUCGCUUCGACAGAAGUUGGUGUUAACCCUCCAGCGCGUGACGUUCAGGGACGGACAGUCCCAGGGAGGCACGCCGCUUGGUAACUGGACAGAGUCUAACGGCCUUGUACUGAAAGUGAAGUCUCUUAUUGAGAGUCAGACAAAGCGAACCCUCAGAGUCGUCAUCGCAGGAAAGUACCCACCGUUUGUGUACGAGAAUAAAAACAGUAGUGACACCAAGUACACUGGCUACUGCCUGGACCUGCUCAACAGGAUCGCCAAAAUUGUCGGCUUCGAUUACACCAUUUACGAGGCUCCUGAUGGGCUAAUAGGAGCUAUGGCCGACGAUGGUACUUGGAAUGGGGUCAUAAAUGAACUCAUCCAAAAGAGAGCCGAUAUAGCUGUAGGACCUAUAUCAGUUAUGGCGGAGCGAGAAAACGUGGUCGACUUUACAGUUCCGUAUUACGAUUUAGUGGGACUUACCAUCCUCAUGAAGAAACCGAAAUUUGAAUACUUCCUGUUUAAAUUCCUGAUAGUACUUCAUCCCCAGGUGUGGCUCUGUAUCAUCGCGGCCUACUUUCUCUUUAGUGUCCUCUUGUGUGCUUUUGAUAAACUCAGUCCAUUCAGUUACCAGAACAAUUUAAAGUUGUGGAAAGGCCACGGACCGGAACCCCGGAUAUUCACGUUAAAGGAAGGUGUCUGGUUUUGCAUGAUGUCCCUUACACCACAAGGUGGUGGUGAGGCUCCACGUGCGUUGUCAGGACGAUUGAUAGCUGCCACCUGGUGGCUGUUUGGGUUUAUCAUCAUCGCGACGUAUACUGCCAACUUAGCGGCACAUCUUACAGUAUCCCGGAUGGAGACGUUGAUCAAAUCUCUGGAUGACCUUUCUGCUCAAUACAAGGUCAAGUAUGGACCACGGAACGGAAGUGCUGCUAUGGUUUAUUUCAAACGGAUGGCAGAAAUUGAGGAACGUUUCUACAGUAUAUGGAAGCAGAUGAGUCUGAACGACAGCCUGGACGCCGUGGAGCGCGCCAAACUAGCUGUGUGGGACUAUCCAGUCAGCAACAAGUAUACGAAGCUUUGGGAGACGAUGAAAGGGCAUGGCUUUUCCAACACACUCGAGGAAUCCAUCGAACAAGUCAUGUCAGGGGAAUAUGCUUAUAUAGGUGACGCGGCAGAGAACAAAUACCAGACGCUGACAAACUGUGAAGUGGAGGCGGUGGGGGAGGAGUUUAGUCGGAAACCUUUCGCCUUUGCUGUACAGGACGGUUCACCUCUCCGGAGCGAGAUCAGUAACGCAAUUUUACAAUUGUUGAAUGAACGCUUCCUGGAAAUGCUGAAGGCACGAUGGUGGACGGACAAUCCCGAAAAGAUCGAAUGUCCAAAUAUUGAAGAUGAGAGUGAAGGUAUCAGCAUCAAAAAUAUUGGUGGCGUGUUCCUUGUGAUUGCCGUGGGAACGGGCCUCGCUCUCAUCUGUUUGGCCUUCGAAUUCUAUUUAUAUCGAUACAAACCGAAACUUGAAGCCAAGCGAUAUGGAGUUGCUAAGAAACAGUCGCGCGCCGAACUGGUCACAAAUGGCGUGAAUGGUUCGUCUACUGUCGCCAGGAAUAGAACGUCUAACGGUACAUUAACGACUACCAUUUCUAACGGUGAGACGUCCCUCUGGCCUGAUAUAACAUUAGACUACAUAAAACUGAAACAAAUGGUAAUUCGACAUAUUUUGCAGAAAGAAUGUGAUUGUGAGUAUAUAUGAACAACUAGAAAACUUCAAAAAAAUAAAAAUAAAAAAAGUAGAGAGAGAGAGAGAGAGAGAGAGAGAGAGAGAGAGAGAGAGAGAGAGAGAGAGAGAGAGAGAGAGAGAGACAUUGUAGUAUAUUUUAGUACAGCCUUGAUGCUAUUGGACAAAAAGAACCCUUAUUCUUCCAUGAAUUGUUGAUGUUGUUAAUAUCAUUUUGCUUACAUAUCUAGAUAAAAGCAAAUGACCUGCACAUUAAUACAGAAAAUAUCACUACUUCAAAAUCGCAUCGCGUCAUCACUUUUUACAGCGUUACUAUGUCAGAAUAUGGUGACGUCAUCAUUUCAUCUUUCGUUCAAUGUGUCAUUUGUGAUAGCAUAAUCCAAUGAUCUCAAUAUUACAAAGCGAAUAUUAAUGGAAAUUUAAGUGUGGAGAAAUUCGGUGUGAUUUACGAAGAGACAUCUGUCUACAUCACGCAGAGCUGAUUUGUUCUUAAUGUAUAUUUUCUUGUGCAAAAACAUUCCACUUUAUUAAGUCCCGACCUGUAAAUGCUUGUUUACAAUGAUUUAAAGAACAAUGGAUGUUCAUGCUGCUUACUUAGUUGUGAGAAAGCAAUCUUAUCUCGGACUGUCGCUCUAGAUCUGUUAACGGAGAAACAGGUGUAUCAUGGAUGGGUUAUGCAUUUUCUCCGAUGAAUUUGAUUGGAGAAAUUACUGGUCACGUGAUAGCUCAUGUUUGUAACGCAACAUUUUAUGAAUGUUGAAAUGAAUAAAGCAGAACGAUUAACCUAACCUGAUUGGGAAUAUUGACACCGUUAUUACAAUAGAGUUAAACAUUGUAAAAUGUGUAUCAUUCAUUGUAUACUCAUAUAAUAAUAACAUUAUUCGGGCUCUUCAGGUCUCUGAUGACAAUCAUCUGUAUAUUUCCCUGAACUAGUCACAUAUGUAAAUAGGUCUGUAGCUCUGUCGUCUGAUGUUGUAUAAAUUUCGGGACAUACGGUUGACAUGAUGUCGUAGUGUAACUAUAAUUAGGAUUGAAACCUAAUGAUGCAGAUCUGUAUUUUGAAACAAAUUCUUUAAUUGAUUUAUUAAAUGGUUUCAUUAAUCAGGAAUCUUAUCUAGUAUUUAAACGGAAUGAACUUAGUUUCACUUCUUACAUAGACAAGUAAAUAACUCCGCCAUCUUGAAAUCAGAAUGAGGAGAGCAUUGCACGAAGUUGUCAUUGUAAACACGAACUUUGUUUCUGUUUCUUUUCAAUUCAUUAAUUGUCAAAUAUAAUUAAGAUAGAAAAAAAGUCAAAUAUGCAAAUCACCUGUAGAUCAUCAUACAUGAUAUAAAUAUUAUAUGUGUAGGUAAUCUGUGUAAGUGUCAAGGUUCUUUAUGAUGUUGAUUUCUAGGUGCUACAUCUCCGACUAAAAUAAUUAAGAUAAACUGAAAAUAAACUUAAGUUGGUGUAUAUCUUAUACAUUGCUGAAGUUACAUAUUUAAUUAGAUUAUCACACAAACAUUUUUUUCUAUCUUUUUAAUUAAAACGAAUAAAUAAUUAAUUGCAUUCCGCAUAAAUUUUGUCUGCCUCGAUAUUUAGUAUGUAUCUUUCGGUCUGAUAGGCGCUCAUUUUAGGGUACUAUUUUUUAUCGAUUUACUUUAUUUAUUUAUUUAUUUGUAAAUUAUAUUUCUAUACGGUGUAUGCCAAUUGAUGUAUUUGUAUGAUAUACAGUUAAACAGUGUCUGUGGUGUAGCAUCUUUAUUUCAUUCCCCUGGUGUUAAAAUGUCUUCAUAUUCGUCCAUAUUUUCAUAAUAUAUACUAGCUAUACGAUUUGCAUUUACAUGAAAUGACACUUUUACAUUUGCCAGUUUCAUUUUCACAGGUAGAAAAUAAAAAUGUGUACUUAUUACUUAUUGUUAUCACCAUAUGUAAAACUUCUUAUCUAAAAAUGUAAAUAAAACCCUUCUUUGACUGU